AUGAAGUGCUGGCAACUUCUCUCCCUUGUUGCUGUUGUAGCUGGCAGCCCGGUGUCGCCUAUUCAGGAGAAUACCCAGAUGCUCAGCGCUCGACGUAACUCUUCCCCCUCAGCCCCCCUAUUACACCACAACUCAUCUGCUAACAUAUUUGAAGAGGCCGAUAGCAAAAGCUUCACAGCUACACAAACAGAUCUCACCGACUUCCAAUUCUUCGUCCAAUACGCCGGAGCCGCCUACUGCAACAGCCAGACACCCGCCGGCCAGCCCAUCGUUUGCGCCAACGAUGCCUGUCCCGGAGUCGCAGCAACCGUCAUCGAUUCCUUCGAAGGCUCCUUGACCGGCAUCGGAGGCUUCGUCGCCGUCGACGCCGCCCACCAGCAAAUCAUCCUCGCCAUCCGCGGCACCAAGAACAUCCGCAACUUCGUCACCGACAUCGCCUUCGCCUUCGAGGACUGCGCGUUCGCCCCGGGCUGCCAGGUUCACGAUGGCUUCAGCAAGGCUUGGGAUGAAAUCGCCGACGCCGCCACCGCCGCCGUCACCCAGGCUGUCGCCGCCAACCCGUCCUUUGGCAUCAUCGCCACGGGUCACUCCCUGGGUGGUGCCGUCGCCACGCUCGGGGCCACGGUCCUGCGCGGCCAGGGGUUUCCCAUUGACAUCUACACGUACGGAUCGCCGCGCGUCGGCAACGACGUGUUUGCCAACUUUGUCACCAGCCAGCCUGGUGCUGAGUUCCGCGUUACGCAUGUUGAUGACCCCGUGCCUCGUCUGCCUCCCAUCAUCCUGGACUACCGCCACGUUUCGCCCGAGUUCUGGCUCUCUACUGGCGACGGAGAUACUGUAUCUUAUGCUGUCGCUGAUGUUGCCGUCUGCACUGGUAUCGACAACGUGGAUUGCAACGGCGGUACCUCUGGCAUAGAUCUCACUGCACACUCCUUUUACUUUGAGAAGGUCUCGGGCUGCGCUCCCUCCGGUUUGCAGUUCAAGCGUGACGACAAUUCGACCGCCUCAGGCAUUGAUCAGUUUGCCCUGGAUCGAAUGGCUCAGUGGAGCCUCGAGGAUCAGGCGUUUGUUGCUUCCAUCAAGGCAUAG